UUUAGUAGUAGUUAAGCAUUCGUUUAGUACACUAUUUGUUUUAAAUAAAUAAUGAAUUCCGUAAAAUUAUUUAUCAGAAUGAUGAGUCAAGCUCAAAAAUGGGAGCCUUUGAAGAAUGUCGGUAUUAUCGGAGUGCCAUUCGAGAAGGGGCAAAAGAAGUACGGUGUGAGCGUUGCCCCGGCAGCUAUGAGAUCUGCUGGCUUGAUAAACCAUCUUCAAACAAUAGACGGUCUGGAUGUCAAGGAUUACGGAGACAUUGACACGACGACAACUGAGGCCGAAGUGAAGGUGGACAACAUGAGCCAUCUCUCUCAGGUAUCGGCCUGUAACAAGAAACUGUCGGAGCGCGUGUCACAAGUGCUCAAGGACGGAAGAGUGGCUGUCACCAUCGGUGGAGAUCAUUCUAUAGGGGUUGGCACAGUAGACGGACACUAUAAAGUGAACCAAGACAUGAUCCUGAUCUGGGUGGACGCGCACGCAGACAUUAAUACCAACAAGACGUCGGGCUCCGGGUCUGUACACGGCAUGCCCGUCGCGCUACUCGUAAAAGAGCUGGCAGAUUACUGGCCCUACCUACCCACCAUGGAUUGGCAAGUGCCCAAGUUUUCAAUUAAGAACCUGGGAUACAUAGGACUCCGAUCCGUAGAUGAAUAUGAAAGAUUAGCGAUCGAAAAAUAUAAAGUACCGGCCUUUGCAAUGGAAGAUAUUGAGGAACAUGGCAUAAGGAAAUCUAUUCAGCAUAUAUUGAACGUUUUAGAUCCUGAAAUGAAAAAACCGAUUCAUGUGAGCUUUGACAUCGAUUCCUUAGACGCGCUAGAAGCACCCAGCACGGGAACACCAGUGAGAGGUGGACUUUCUCUUCGAGAAGCAAUUAACUUGAUGGAAAUAAUACAUGCGACGGGAAGACUACGAGCUAUUGACUUAGUGGAAAUAAAUCCAGCGCUCGGCAACGAUUAUGACAGAAAGCGCACAAUAGAAGCAGGUCUGUGCGUCCUGAAGGCAGCUUUGGGGUUCUCCAGACGAGGCACUGCGCCUCGAGGCGUCCUAGACUUGCCAGUACAAACGCACCAUUAAGUUUUAUAGGGACAAAUUCAGUUAAACUAAGAAGUGGUGGGAACCAACGACGGCAAAGAUUUGUGCAAAAAUUUGGGUGCUAGUUUUUUUUUUUA